AUGGACCCGGAUUUUGAAGGCCGUGUUCUGGUCGUGGCCAACCGUGUGCCCAUUUCUAUCAAGACCACGCAAGAAGGCGAAUUCGAGUACAGCAUGUCCUCUGGGGGCUUGGUUUCCGGGCUCAAGGGUCUGGCCAAAGCAAUUGACUUCAAAUGGUUUGGCUGGCCGGGGAUUGAUGUGCACCGCAACGACAAGGACAGAGUACGCCGACAUCUGCAAGACAAAUUUAACGCCGUGCCCAUCUUUCUGGCGGAAAGCCUUGCCGAAAUGCAUUACAACGGGUUUUCAAACUCAAUAUUGUGGCCUCUAUUGCAUCGCAUGCCCGACAGAGCUGGCUCAGAUGAGAGGUGGUCCAAAGCGUACCAAGAAGUCAACGAGAUCUUUGCCGACAACAUCGUCCCGUACGUGGAAGACAACGACAUUAUUUGGGUUCACGACUACCAUCUCCUGCUCCUACCGGGAAUCUUGCGUGAGAGACUGUCGAAGAAAAAGAAUCUCAAGAUCGGCUUCUUCUUGCACACUCCGUUCCCCACCGAGGACUAUUUCACCAUUCUGCCCUUCCGGGAGCAGAUCUGCAAAAGUUUGCUCCUCUGUGACGUGGUAGGGUUUCACACAAAUCAGUACGCCAAGGACUUUCUGGAGAGCGCUCGCAUCGUCCUCGAAGGCGUGGCGAGAUCUCCGAGUGAUCUACACUGGAACGGCCGCAAGGUGAUUGUACAUGGCUUCCCGCUCGGCAUUGAAGCAGAUGAGUGGAAGCAGAAGCUGCAAACAGACGCGGUCAAGCAAGAAGCGGCCAGCUUGCGGGCCGAGUUUGACGAGCAGAUAAUUAUUCUCGGGGUGGACAGACUCGACUAUAUCAAGGGCAUUCCCCAGAAAUUACGCGCCUUUGAUCGCUUUCUGACAGACCACCCGGAGUGGGUGGGUAAGGUUGUCAUGGUACAAUUGGCAAUUCCGUCACGAGAGGAUGUCGACACAUAUAGAAAGCUGCGGGAGGAAGUUGAAUCCCUUGUUGGGUGCAUCAAUGGCAAGCACGUGAAGCCGGAACAGCUCUGUGCUCUGUACGCAAUUUCGGACGUUCUCAUCGUCUCCUCGAUCCGCGACGGGCUGAACCUGGUGAGCUACGAAUAUGCCGCGUGUCAGGAAGAACGCAAGGGCGUCCUGAUGAUGUCGACCUACGCAGGGGCAAUCAAGACGCUGCCCCCGUCCUCACUGAUCUUGCUUAAUCCCUGGGAUACGCCCCGAUUUGCCGAGAGAAUCAACCAGGCCGUGAAUAUGGGUAUGGACGAGAGGGCGCAGAGGCACAAGGAAAUGAUGCAGGUCGUGGAUACAUGGACAAGUGUCAAAUGGGGCAAAGCCUUCCUCCACACCAUGAUGACCAUGGAAGUCCCUCAAGACGCCGAGAUGCCGGACCGCGACCCGUUGGUGGGAUGGACAUCAGACGUCCCUGACUCGGAGACGGGCACGAUUCGACCCUGA